UUCAUUCUCUCUCUCUCUCAUCUAUCCUUGGUUCCUUACUAAGAAAUCCGGGCUUUCAUCUUUCUUUUCUAUUAAUCCGAAACUUUCCAUCAGUUCCCUAUUCAGUAUUGAUACCUGCAUUUUCUUUUGGUGCUCCUAGUACUAAAGUUUACUCAUUUUCGAUUGACUGACCCAUUUCACUUUCUCCAUCUUUUGACAUCUCUGGCUCAGUAAACAGCUCUGGAUUCUGAAGUUGAAGACUCGGCUCAUUAAUUUUGCCUUCUGUUAUUCAUUCUUUCUGCCGAUACAGGUCUUGCAUUGAAGAUCCACUUCUUGCAGUUUGAGCUCAGCAAGUCUCUCGCGUGUUAAAUAUAAGUAUUGUCUUUGGCAGUUCUCCAUUGCCCAUUUCUUAUAUUCUGAAUCUAAGCAACCGCAGCUAUUUCUUUCUCCUUCAUUCUUUUAAAUCUUAUGCUGUCAUCCAUGAAGGAUGAUCAGAUGGCCAUUCCUCACUUAUUCAGAUGCCCAAUUAGUCUAGACUUGUUCACUGAUCCAGUCACUCUGUGUACAGGCCAAACCUAUGAUCGAUCUAGCAUUGAGAAAUGGCUUGCAGCUGGGAAUCUCACUUGUCCUGUUACAAUGCAGAGGCUCCAUGAUCCAUCCUUAGUUCCAAACCACACGCUAAGACACUUGAUAGACCAAUGGCUUUGCAUGGACCACUCCUUCGACCCCGAUUACUUAAAAACCAUUGAUCCUGAUCUUUCCUUGACUACUCUGAAGCACAAACUUGAAUCCCAAGAAGUAACCUUGGCAACUAAGAUUGGAGCAGUGGGGAAACUCGAAGUUCUAUCCAAAGAUUUGGCUUGGAGGUCUGGUUUGAUUCAGCUAAAUUUCUUCCCACUCAUACUGCGUCUGUUUUUUGUUAAGUUUACUCAACAAGCAAACCUCGACCAAGAGGAUUCAGAGCUCGCAGAAGGAGCUCUGACUUGUAUCCUGAACAUGUUCCCUUUCAGCAAAUUGUGUUCUUUGAAUAUGCUUAAAGAAGACUCCAAUUUAGCCUCCUUUCUGGUGUUACUAGACCAUGGCACUGCCAAGAUCAAGACCAGUUUGUGUCAUCUGGUGGGGUUAAUUGCAUCGUCUUCAGAAACCAGAGAUCUUUGUGUGGUGUUUGGACAAAACCCAAAGAUCUUGCGAGGACUGAUCACUCUCCUACAUCAGAACUCUGAAGCCUCUAAUGCUGCAGUCAAAGCCAUAUCAGCACUAUGUUAUUUAGAAUUGAAUCAAGAGAAUGUUGUUACAGAAGGUGGGGUGGACGGCCUUAUAGCAUACAUCUCUGGUACCAACAUAAGCCAAUCAUCUAUGGCGUUGGCCACGCUUGAACUUCUGUUAGGACUGGAGAGUGGCAAAAAGGCUGCAGUUAAUAAUCCAAGUACAGUUCACGCUCUGGUUAAGAUGGUCUUCAGAGUAUCUGAUCAUGAAGGCAGUGAAAAUGCAGUAGGCUCUCUGCUGAUCAUUUGCUAUGACUCACUGAAGGUGCGGGAAGAAGCAAUAAGCGCUGGUGUCUUGACACAACUGCUACUACUACUUCAGAGCCAAUGUAGUUGCAGGUCCAAGAACAAGGCCAGGGUGUUGCUCAAGUUGCUUAGAUCCAUGUGGGCUGAGAGCCCAAGUGCAAGUGCAGUAUGGCCUAGUUGACUUGAUGCCUGAGUUGGUCUCUGAAAAUUUCUGCACAUAUAUAUUGUUUCCAAUAAGGGGAUAGAGAGUAAGAAUCCCCCUUCAUACCAAGAAACCAUGAAUGAAGUGUCUUUCUCUGCAUAUGUUGUGUUCUUCUUCUUUACAGCAUAACCAAGCAGGGGUCUGCCUCUUGCUUGGCUAUUGUAAUCCCUGUAAGUCUGUAACAUUCUUUCAAUCCUUUCUAAGAAAACACAUUUCUCCGAA